AUGGGCAUCCAUGCUGUUAGCGUCAUGAUAGAGGCUCUCAAUAAAGAUGCCCAACAUGCUACUAUCGCCAAGUUCAUUCAAAAUGAACUUGACGCUGAACACGACAAAGUAGCCUUGCUUCACCAACAAGGUUCUCAUCAAGCAGAGUUGUUGAGAGAACAGGGUGCUCAACAGUUUGAACUGUUGAGACAGCAGCAGGCUGCUGCUGGUGGGUCGAUGCACUCGCGUCGACCCAAAACCUUGAAGAUUGGCAUCUCCAAGUAUAGGGGAGUCGAAGAGGGCUCCCUCUUGAGAUGGUUCGUCGAAUUGGAUGACGCCAUAAGGGCGCGUCGCAUCGACGACGGGGAUAUGUAA